GCGGGUUUCGGAAGAAAAGCGCGAACACGCGAGAAAAAUGUCGAGGUUAAUUUCACAAUUGUACGCAAUAAAUCGCGGAUUUCUCACAGCCAGAGUGGGUGUUUUGCAUCAGUCACCACACCCAGGAAGAGCCUUCUCCACAUCCCGCGUGAGAUUGUGCGAAGAGAGCCAGGAGAGUGCGCCGGGAAGCGUAUCGGAAGCGCCGGCAGUGCAGAAAGUAAGGGGAACUGUUGACAGGACAAAAGUGAUUCCCGUGGACACGAGCAUCAGGUAUCUGAGGAGUGCGGCGUACAAGGAGACGUACGGAGAGCAGCCCGUGUGGGUGCAGUAUCGAAGGAAUCACAAAGGUUCAAUUCCACCGCGCAAAACCCGCAAGACUUGCAUUAGAGGCGGAUUUCUGUCCACCGGCAAUCCCUGUCCGAUCUGUCGGGACGAGUAUCUGGUGCUGGAUCACAACAACUUGGAGCUGCUGAAGCAGUUCAUCUCGCCAUUCACCGGAGAGGUUCUGAGCUACAACAAGACAGGAUUGUGCCAGAAGAGGCACAACGAGCUGCUGGUGGUGGUCGAGAGGGCCAGAGACAGAGGAUAUCUGACCUACGACGUGCCCUUCAGACACUACGACUACUCUGAGUACUACAAUCCGGAGAAGUCGUCAUAA